CAGGGUUCUUUAUGUUUGUUUGCUUUUUUGUUUUUUGUUUUUGAAUAUCAGUUUUAUAGUUUUUAAGUGACUAAACCUUGAAAAUGUGUAUGGGUAAGUAGAUACAACUUAUUUAACUUUAUAUAAUAGUCAGGGGUUUGGAAUAAGCAAAGCAAUUAGGCAGGCACUAUUUGGACUGUACAGAAGAAAUUAAUCAGUUGCUUUAAUAUUUUAUCUUACAUACAACUUUAAGAGCAGGGUGACUGUAACUUUCUGAAUACCGGAGGUAUUUGGGAAGGAGAUGCUAGUUUUAUGUAGUCAAGGGGUGGUAAAUACUUAAGCCCUUAUGUUUCUUCUCCCCCAACCUCUUCAUUGAAACUGAUGGAAUUGAGAAGAAGUAAAGGCUAUAAAGAUAACUGAGUUGAGGUACCACAGGAGAUGCCUCUAAAUAUAAGCUUCAGAACUUUGCUUUAUGGAAAAACACAAAGAGCAAAGAGGCUUCCUUGUGACAGCUUAGUACUCCCAAACUGUCUUUUUUUUUUUUCCCCCUCAGUUCUAAAGGAUCUAAUAUUCUACUCUCAAGUCCUACCACUAGCCCAAGGUUCUGUAUCUUCAUAUUCAAGUUACCAGCAAACCACUCAUAUGUGCCUCUGACUGGCAUUCUCUUAGAAUCCUUUAGAACCUUCCGUACGCACAGUCACAGCCACAGCUUUGGAGUGCCUGUAACAUUCUAGAGCUGUACUGGGUACAGCUCUGGUAGGAUGUAUAGUAUUUUCAGGCACCGGUAUUAAUAAAGUUACGUAAACAAAAACCAGCAGCACUACUACUACAAGAAUGGAUGUAGAAUUUGUAUCUCACACGAUACCAAAGCUCAGAAGCAGCCAGGGCCUCAGAUUCAGUGAACAGAGUAUCUGUCAGGCAAGAGCUGCUGUGAUGGUUUACGAUGAUGCCAAUAAGAAGUGGGUGCCAGCUGGUGGCUCAACUGGGUUCAGCAGAGUUCAUAUCUAUCACCAUACAGGCAACAACACGUUCAGAGUUGUGGGCAGAAAGAUUCAAGACCAUCAGGUUGUGAUAAACUGUGCCAUUCCUAAAGGGCUGAAGUACAAUCAAGCUACACAGACUUUCCACCAAUGGAGGGAUGCUAGACAGGUGUAUGGUCUCAACUUUGGCAGCAAAGAGGAUGCCAAUGUCUUCGCAAGUGCCAUGAUGCAUGCCUUAGAAGUGUUGAAUUCACAGGAAGCAGGGCCAACAUUGCCUAGACAAAAUUCACAGCUACCUGCUCAAGUUCAAAAUGGCCCAUCCCAAGAAGAGCUGGAAAUCCAGAGAAGGCAACUGCAAGAACAGCAGCGACAGAAGGAGCUGGAGAGGGAAAGAAUGGAGAGGGAAAGGUUGGAGAGAGAACGACUAGAACGAGAGAGGCUAGAGAGGGAGCGCCUGGAACAGGAGCAGCUGGAGCGGCAGCGGCAGGAAAGGGAGCACGUGGAGCGGCUGGAGAGGGAGAGGCUGGAGCGCCUGGAGCUCGAGAGGCAGGAGCGGGAGCGAGAGCGCCUGGAGCAGCUGGAGCGGGAGCAAGUGGAGUGGGAGCGAGAGCGCAGAAUGUCCAAUGCUGCUCCAUCUUCAGACAGCUCCCUGUAUAGUGCUCCACUUCCUGAGUAUUCCAGUUGCCAGCCUCCUUCGGCACCUCCUCCAUCAUAUGCUAAAGUCAUCUCAGCUCCGGUGUCAGACGCCACUCCUGAUUAUGCUGUAGUGACUGCUUUGCCACCUACUUCCACACCCCCUACACCACCACUGCGACACGCAGCGACACGUUUUGCAACAUCUCUAGGUUCAGCCUUCCACCCUGUUCUUCCCCAUUACGCUACAGUUCCUCGUCCUCUCAACAAAAACUCUCGACCUUCUUCUCCUGUGAACACACCCUCUUCUCAGCCUCCAGCUGCGAAGUCCUGUGCCUGGCCUACUUCCAAUUUCUCGCCCCUCCCUCCAUCUCCUCCAAUAAUGAUUAGCAGCCCCCCUGGCAAAGCUACUGGCCCACGGCCUGUCCUUCCCGUUUGUGUCUCCUCUCCUGUGCCCCAAAUGCCUCCGUCACCAACAGCACCCAAUGGGUCGCUAGACUCUGUAACAUACCCAGUGUCUCCACCGCCUACCUCAGGGCCAGCAGCACCACCUCCGCCGCCACCGCCACCGCCGCCGCCACCGCCACCGCCGCCACCGCCGCCGCUGCCUCCCCUCGCCUCACUAUCACACUGUGGAUCACAGGCUUCUCCUCCUCCAGGCACCCCUCUUGCCUCAACUCCCUCAUCCAAGCCCAGUGUUCUCCCUUCUCCCUCUGCAGCUGCCCCUGCCUCUGCGGAGACCCCUCUAAAUCCUGAGCUGGGAGACUCCUCUGCUUCCGAGCCAGGCUUGCAGGCAGCCUCUCAGCCGGCGGAGUCGCCAACCCCACAGGGCCUUGUCUUGGGACCACCUGCACCUCCGCCACCACCCCCUCUCCCAUCAGGCCCUGCCUAUGCCUCAGCACUUCCUCCUCCCCCAGGACCCCCUCCCCCACCUCCACUGCCAUCCACUGGGCCCCCUCCACCACCCCCUCUUCCUAAUCAAGCUCCUCCCCCUCCUCCCCCACCUCCUGCCCCUCCCCUCCCCGCAUCUGGAAUUUUCUCUGGAUCCACGACAGAAGACAAUCGCCCUUUAACUGGACUUGCAGCUGCAAUUGCGGGAGCAAAACUUAGGAAAGUGUCCCGGGUGGAGGAUGGCUCUUUCCCAGGUGGAGGGAAUACUGGGAGUGUGAGCUUGGCCUCAUCCAAAGGAGACGCUGGGCGUGGGAAUGGACCUCUUCCUCUAGGGGGUAGUGGCUUAAUGGAAGAAAUGAGUGCCCUGCUGGCCAGGAGGAGAAGAAUUGCUGAGAAGGUAUCAACAAUAGAAACAGAACAAAAGGAAGACAGAAGUGAAGAUGCAGAGCCUAUAACUGCCAAGGCCCCAUCAACAAGUACACCUGAACCAACCAGAAAACCUUGGGAAAGAACAAACACAAUGAACGGCAGUAAGUCACCUGUCAUCUCCAGACCCAAAUCCACACCUUCAUCACAGCCGAGUGCCAAUGGAGUCCAGACAGAAGGACUUGACUAUGACAGGCUGAAGCAGGACAUUUUAGAUGAGAUGAGAAAAGAGCUAGCAAAGCUGAAGGAGGAGCUUAUUGAUGCAAUCAGGCAGGAGCUGAGCAAGUCGAACACUGCAUAAAGAAGCAAACUGUGGAGGGGCAGGACUUGAAUCUGGAGAAAACAAAAGUUCCUACACACAACUCUUACCCCAGACUUUUAAGCUGUGAGAAGAAAAUGGAUACACGGUCGGGAGGGAAACCGCCAACCUCUGAAAGCCUUCAGACAGCGACUGGCGAUCAGCUGUCCCCUCAGUGUGCUGCUUUAUUCUGACCUUUACCACAGGAUGGAGAAUGAUAUUGGAGUUCCCUUAGCAGUACUAAACCCAUCAGGCAAGAUCACCGUGCAUUGAAAUAUUUUCAUGUCUAGAUGAGUCUGCACGUUUUCCAUAAUCCAUUGCUAAAAUAAAGACGAGAAAGGCUUAAGAGAUUUUUUCCAGAGGGCACUGAUGAAGAAUUUGAUUUAGUAAGCUCUGCUGUUGCGUUGUAAAUGUUUCUCUCAGGUUUGCCUUCCUAUCAUAUUUGAUAUUCCGUGAAAGCUAAGAUCAUAAAGGAUGGAACAGACGGGGUUGUAUGUGCUUUCAAAGGGUGGCGUUUAAUACGAAAGGUCCCAAAAUGUUCAGUCCCACUCGAGGAAUUUUAGAAUGAUAGGAAGUCUCUCGGGUUAGCCUUCAUGCAAUUUUGUAGUUUAAAACAUAAAGUCCGUCCAGAAAUUAAAGAUUUAGAUGCCUUCCUAAAUUGUUACAAUGCUUUACCAAAUCUAUGACUUCUACAUAACCAACAGUGGUCAAAUGGAAAACAUUCUAUUAUAGAUUUACUGUAGGUUUUCAACCUUUUUUAGACAUAUGCAUGUGGACAUUUUUAUAAUGUAAUUACAAUCACCACAAAGUUAGCUUUUUUAAUUACAGACAAUAAUGCAUGUCACACUAAUAUGUAGUGGCCUUUUCAGGGCCUAGUCCCAGGGAAAAUAUUUUGUAGAAUAUAGGGAAGUGGGAGGAAGGGAAGGAAUAAUUUUUUAUUUAAAGUUAAUUUCUGCACUAUCUUUUUUUUCUCAAUUAUCUGCAUGAAUUAUAAUGAAAAAUAUUUUGUGACUUUAAUCAGUAAACAUGUUAACAAAACCAAGUACUUAAUCUUUUACAUCAUGUCUUCAGCUACUUGUAUUUUAACCAGCAAUUUCAACGGUCUGAAACAUGAUUUUGAGCGUAACAUGUGAGUCCGUCUCACUAUGGAACUCAGAAGUUUGAUCACUGAAUUUGGCAGUUAUUUUCACUCGGCCCCCACAGUGCUGCAGUGCUUGGGUUCACGCUCCUGACUCUGCGGCUGCUCCUUGACCUUUGCUGUGCUAAAAUACAAGAAAUAUCAAUAAUGGCAGCAACCAGGGUCACAUAAGUCACUAGGUAAGGGAGACCAAUGAGGAGUUCUGCAGCUUUCUUUUAAUAGAACUAAAGUGAGGCUUAAGUGGUAGGGAAUGUCUGCUGUUAUACCCUGAGUGUGUGUGUGUGUGUGUGUGUGUGUGUGUGUGCGCGCGCGCGCACGCGCGCGCGCGCACAGGUGAGAGAGAGAAAGAAAGUGAUCGAGCUCGAGAGUGUGUGAUAGAUAUGUUCCACCCCUUUAUAAUUGGCAAGAUUAAAAUAAGGGAGAAAAUUCUAUAUGUUGUAAUGUUAGCUUUUUGGAAAAUCUAGGAAAUCAAAAAUUCUCCAGGCUGUCCAUCAUGAUCUAUGCUUGAGUUAUUAAUGUGCCAUAUUUGCUUUGGAAUCUUUGGCUAUCAAAACUUUUACUAAAAAAUAGUAGAUACAAUCCACUUUCAUUUGCUUUCUAGAUUUCCUGUCUCGGCUGUAAAGCAGAGCCUGAUGAGAGUAGUUUUCUAAAUGCUGCGGUUUGCAGCUAACCCCACUGCAGAGCCGUUGGAAUGAGGGGUUUUUGUUAAGAGUGUUUGUUUCUGUAGAAACUUCAUCUUUAGAUUAAAGUGUGAGGGAUGAGCGAUCAUAAGUCAACUCUGGCUUUCUCUACCCAUCAGUCGUUGUCUCGCAGGAAUAGUAAAGGCAUUAAGGAUGCGGCAAGCAUGUACGCUGUUCUAAAAGAAGUAUGCAUCUCAUUUACUGUUGAACGUUUGAUUACGCAACUACUUUGAUUGUGUACCUGUGUACAUCCCUUACAGAUCUGAUCAAAAAUCGCUUUUCAUUUUGUUGCUAAAGUUAAAUAGUCUGUAGUACUUAGAGUACUGGGUCUAGAUGGUCCAAAGUGAGACAAAAAUGCUGAAGUCAAAUGCUAAGUCCUAAACAAAGCUGGUUUAUGCACUAAACGUUUUGUGCCUUGGUCUAAUAUUUUAACACAAUGUCUGUAAAAUGACGAAAAAAAAGAAAAAAAAAAAAAAGAACGGACAUUGGCUCAUGCUGCAUCUGUAUCCUCCAUGAUAGUGCGUUCUCCCACAUGACUAAAUGUGCUCCUCCCUGGAAGCUUCGCUGUCACCCAGGACAGUCGUGCCAUCGCUAGAGAUUUCAGUGACUACAAUCGGAAGCUAAAGCUUGAGUUGUUUUCCCAAAACUGUUCCUUGGAACCAUAUUGUGAUGAUGGGUCCUUGCUUCUGUGUGUUGACCGUCUUCAGCUGAGUCCAGUUUAGGGAUCGUCUGUGAUGACAGGAAGGCUCUGCUCUCCUCAACACUGUGAUCUGACCUGCGACAACUCUACAAUACACUCUGAAUGGCUAGCACGUCCAUAGCAAACAAACUGAAUGUACAAACCUUAGCGUGGUGCUGGAGUCUCUUCAGAAUAGUAACCAUGAUCUCAGAGUCUGUUCAAUACGCGCCCCUCAGAACUGAAGACGAACCACUGGUGAAUGUCUGGUCCUCACGCCGCAGGCGCGUUUCCUGUUUAGGUUUUCAGUUCUCUGCUGUCACCACCAUAACUGUUCCAGUUAACUCUCCUACACACUAACUCUUCAUUUGUGCGGUUGAAAUAAAAUUGCAGUAUGUGCA